AUGGACACGGAGCUUUCUAGAAGGGAGAAGUCAGCAAGUAAAAUUACAAGGUGCUCUGUCAUCUAUAAGGCUUUGCCCAACCGGAGUCCUCCAGGGAUCGGUUAUAUCACCAACAUUUUUAAUGUUCAUGUGGAUGACCUCGAAGGCUGCAUUCCCAAUUAUCUGGACAUCAAUACGCACAAAUACGCAGAUGACUGCACUCAAGAUGAAGUGAUCCCAUACGGUUCUACUAGCAACAUGCAAGAGGUGCUCGAUGCAAUAAACGACUGGGCACAUAGAAACAAGAUGAAACUUAACGCGAAAAAGACGAAAGACAUGUGGAUCUGCUUUAAAGCUGCAAUUCCGGAACCACCACAUCUUAAAAUUGGCGAUGAGUAA